AAGUGCAUCAACACCAUGGCGAAAGCGACGUCAACCGUGUGUGGGUAAAUUUUUGUUUUCUACAUCGAACUGCUGUUUCUUGUUUGUUUAUAAGUUAAAAGACUGUUUGUUAAGUUUCUCGAAGUGUUUAUCCGUUAUCAAGUGUAACAGUUUAUAGUUCAAAAUAAAAAGUUUUGUGUGCAAAGUUAUAACGAACUCCGGGAUCAGUUGAGAAUUCAGGUGUCAACGAGGAUGACAUUCUCCUCAUACACGGCACCGUUUAGCUAACUAUAAAGAUACAUUUUCAACAAACAAACUGAUCCGACAAACGAAAAUGCAGCGGCAGUAAGCUGCCACACAGUUGGUGUCUCGCCAUGCAGCGCGCGGGUGGGAGCAGGGCCUGUGCGCCAUGAGCCACACUCCUAUAGGCGGCCACCCGCAAGGUUGGGAGCACAAGCUUGCUGACAGGUCGUCGCUGCCGCCGGCUUCAGGGGAGGAGAGAAGCAAAUCUCAAUCCAAACAUGUCUUCACACACCCACAUCUCUCUAAGAUGGGAGCGGCGGCGUGGCGCGAGGAGACGGAGGGCUCGUCGGGCAGCUCGCCGCGCUCGCCCGCCUCGCCGCCCUACAUGCGCUGGGCGCGCACCCUGCACGACCUGCUCGAGGACGCGGAGGGCGUGCGGCUGUUCCGCAAGUUCGUGUCGGGCGCGGGCGGGCUGCACGUGGACCGCCUCAACUUCUACUUCGCGGUGCAGGGCCUGCGCCAGGAGACCGAGCCCCCCAAGAUACGGCAGGUCGUCUCCGCUAUAUACAAAUUCCUGCGCAAAUCGCAGCUAGCGAUGCCGGAGGAGCUGAAGCAGCGCGUGAAGCAGAGCCUCAAGGAUGGCUCCAGCAUAGAGAAGACCAUCUUCGACAAUAUGGAGCAAGAGGUGACGCUUGCAAUAACGGAGACGACGUACCAGGCGUUCCUGCGGUCGGAGGCGUACGUGUCGUACGUGAGCGCGGCCACGCAGCCGCUCUCCUCGCCCGACACGGAGCCCCCGCACAGGGACCUCGCCACGCUGGGGUGCGGUCUGGCGACGCUGCACGAGGGGCAGGAGCUGAGUGCGGGCGGCGGGGCGGGGGGCGCGCCCGCGCGCCUCACGCACGACGCCCUUCUCGCCACGCAGUCGCGCCGUCUGCACUCCGACACCGCGCCGCACCGCAAGCGGUCGGUGUACAGCGCGCACGUGUCGUACGCCGGCUACUGCCCCGCCUCGCGCCAGGACUCGGAGCGCGCCAGUCUCAGCAGCGGCCGCACUGAUAGCGAUGCUGUAUCUCUUUCUGGCAGCAGCGUCGACGGCAUGGCGGUGCGCGGCCGCGAGCCGCGGGAGUCGCGUCACCGGCCGCGGCUGCACGGUCUCGACAGACACGCUCUCAUCAACAAGGAGCAGGACACCGCCAUGGUGAUCCCACGCACGCAGCGUGUGCAGUGCGAGCAGCUGCGCGCGCUGCCGCCGCAGGAGUUCGCCGCGCUGCUCACUGAGAAGCUGGAGCGCGUCCGGCGAGACAUCGACGCCAAGGACCGCCUCGAGAGGAGGCUGGCGGAGGGCGAAGGCGAGGAGCUGUCAUCCCAGGCAUUGCCGCCGCAGCUGGUGGCCGCCGCCAUCCGAGAAAAGCUGCAGGUCGACGACGACAACGAUCAGGACAUCCUCGAUCAGCACGUGUCUCGUGUGUGGUCGGAGCGCACGCCGGGUGCGUCCCCGCCGGGGGGGCGGCGCGCGCGCGGCAGACACGCCCCGCACCCAGCGCACACCACGCACCCCGCGCACACCACACACCCUACGCACCCCGCGCGCCGCGCACCCUCCGCCAUCUCCGCAGACUCGGGACACUACGACGCGCCCGAGGGGCUGCACCAUCCACACUCUCUUACACGCAGAUCGUUAUCAAAGAAGACGGCGACGGAGCUGACGGACAGCGGCGUGUCGGUGGUGAGCGAGGGCGGCGCCAGCGUGGAGCCGCGCAUCCUGCUUUGGAUCGCGGAGGGCUCGGAACGCCUCGAGCGCCUGGAGCGCCGCCAGAGAGACCUCUCGCGGGCCUCCAGCGCGGAGCGCGACGAGCCGCGCCGCCGCGACAGGCAGCCCGCACGCACACGGGGCGGCGGUGGUGGCGGUGGCGGUGGCGGCGGCGGCGGCAAGGGCGCGGCGGAGCACACGGUGGUGGUGGUGAGCUUCCUGGACGAGGCGGUGCCCUACCGCUUCAAGGUGCCCUCUGUGCCUCUCACACUCAAGACCUUCAAGGACUACCUGCCUAGGAAAGGAAACUACAGAUAUUUCUUCAAAACGGAGUGCGCGGACCUGGACAACACGGUGAUACAAGAGGAGGUGAGCAACGACGCCGACACCCUGCCCAUGUACGAGGGCAAGGUGAUGGCGCGCGUCAAGAACAUCGAGUGAACACCGCCCACUGCCCCGCCCACACCCGCCGCGGACACGCCCACACACGCCCACAUUGUACAAACGUCCUUGUUAUCCGAUAAAUGUAUAAAUUAGGACGAAUUUCCUUUAAACAAGCGUUAUAACGCUUAUAAGACAAUUUAUAGAAAGUGUCGAACGACAUGUGCAAGCAAAUAUCACUUCUAUGUGAGAAGAGAUACAGUGAAUUAUGUGCGGUAUUCGCAUGCGCGGCGUCGCCCUGUCUGCCGCCACAGUGAGAGACUACUUUAAGAACUACUAAAAUUUUGCACGUUACUAAUUCCAGUGAUUUGAGAUUUGUAUGGAAAAAUGUUUUUGAUUUAUUUACUGUCUUGUGUCUUGCCAGUUUCUAAAAACGUUGCAAAAUUUUAAAUAAUGAAGAUUCGAUUUUUUUUUAUUAUUUUUGUAGAUCUUACGGAAUUCCGUAUUUGUAUUUAUUAAAUGACAAAUCGUGUUUUCGAUGUAUGACAAAUUUAAUAAAAUGUUGUUUUUUAUGUUAAAAAUGAUAAAAUAUUUACUGAUUUGACAUGCUCAGCUGAUUGAGCUAUAAAUCUAAUGAAUUAAAAUGGUGUUAACAGCGAUAGAAGAGUUAUUUAGCCGCAGACAGGGCAACACUAGACUUUUGUAAAUUAUUUAUUAAACAAAAAUAAUUACGAUAGCAUUAAUAAUAGUUAUAAAUGACGAAUGUAAUAUAAAAUCGGUUCCUCGGCGUCAGUUUUAGACUUUUUUUUUAUGUUUUUAAUUUCGGAGCUAGUUGAGUACGCUUACUACUGUACGAUAUAUAUUUUUUUUCAAACCGUACGCAAUUUUCUUUAUAAAAUAUACCUAGUGUUAUAUGAAUGACUGCUUAGUUUGUAUAUUUCAACUUAGGUGUUAACAAAGUGUUCGUUCGAAUCAAAUUGUGUUCGUUGAGUGCGGAUUUGGGUAUCGAUGUUUUUUUUUUAUAAUGAAAUUAAACCCUGAGUGAUAGAUGCUUAGCUUUACAAAUAAACGCUGUAUAAAGUUAAAGGAAUAAACUGAGUAUAAGCAAAAUU